UUGUAUCAGUGUGCUGUCCACCUUCUCACCUACCGAUGAGAAUAUACCAAGAAAGUCAUUAAUUCUUACUAUCUCUUGGUGUGAAGAUUCAACGACUUGUUCAUUUAUACCUGCCGUCUCCUCCUCCGCUCGCUUCCAGUACUACAGCAUAUCUUUUUGCUAUCUGAGGACGACAUCACCCCCUUUUACUAUAAGAAGAACAACUGUCACUAUGCCCCAUUCCACUGAACAAAAACCGAGGAAACUCGUUCUAUGCUUUGAUGGCACGGGAAACGUCUUUAAUGGCAACACCUCGGACACCAACAUAGUCAAACUCUUCGACAAAUUUGACAGAAGGGACCCUAUGCAGUACCACUACUACCAAACUGGUAUUGGCACAUACAAUGUCGAUGGAGGCCCUAUUAAUAAGACCUUCUUGGGGUCUAUCCGCUCAAAAAUCUCCAAAACCAUAGACAGUGGCUUUGCCACAACCUUUGACGCUCACGUCAUUGCAGGCUAUCGCUUCAUCAUGCGGUACUACAAGGAGGGUGAUAAGAUCUACAUUUUCGGCUUCUCGAGGGGUGCUUUUACUGCCCGCUUCCUUGCACGCAUGAUUUACAGAGUUGGUCUACUCUCUGAGGGUAACGAAGAAAUGGUCCCUUUCGCAUAUGAUCUCUACCAGGAUUACGAGAAGGGAAAGUUGGAAGUCCCCGACCAGGAGCGAAGGGAUUCUCCGCCUACCACAGGAUCAUCCAAUGGAUGCCACGAAACCGACCCUCUCAUCAACAGUGGCUCUGACAUGCACGAAUGCUCGGAACCUGAUGAGCAACAACUCAGAAAGAAUAAACUCAAUGCAUUCAAAGCGACAUUCUGUCGUUCAGAGGGCGUAGAAGCAUCGGGCAUUAAAGUGCACUUCUUAGGCAUGUUUGACUGCGUCAGUAGUGUUGCCGUCUUGGACAGCCCAUUUGGAAAAGCUCCCAAAGCCGUCUCAGUUGCGGGAACUGCCCGUCAUGUUCGCCAUGCCGUCGCUGUCGACGAGCACCGUGUUAAGUUCAAAGCUGCUUUGCUUCACCAAGACAAAUCCCACCCUCACACUACCGAUGAAGAUGUAAAGGAAGUUUGGUUCCCCGGCAAUCACGGCGAUGUCGGUGGAGGAUGGCCAGCUGCGCAAUCCGCAACGACCGAGAAGCCCAAGGACGAUAGAAGCUGGUGGCGCAGAAUCUUCACAUCGUGGAAGGACCCGAACGCAUCCAACCCUGGUACUGAUCCCUAUCAAAUGAGUGACGUGCCCCUUGCUUGGAUGAUCCGUGAAUUGGAAAUCAUUGGUGAACAGGAACCAGAAGCAGCGAUUGCAUGGAACAAGAGGAAGGACGGAUUUAAGAAACAUUUCUUUAUGAAGCGGAAUCAGGCUUACGAUGGCCCAAUGCACGACACCCUCAAGGUCUCAGGUGGCUCAUCACUAUUCAAGGUCAUCCUCUGGAAUUUCAUGGAAUAUCUACCAAUUCGACGCUGGGAAUUGAAAUUGAAAGGUUCGGGACAUGAGUGGGCUUAUAUCGCAUGGCCUUUUAACAUGGGAUCGGCACGAGACAUUCCCGACGGCGCACUCUUACACGACUCUCUUCUCAGGCGACUUACAACUCAUGCCAACUACCGACCAUCCAACAACCGAGGCGGCAAAUCAGCUGCCUGUCUGGAUCCCAAGAAGUUUAUUCUCAAAGACGAAGAUACGGGUGUGGUCAAAAAAUCGGCAACUGACAUCGCUGAGCCUGUUGGCAUUCAUAGCAUUUACACACUUGGGACAGAUGGACUAAACGGCAAGGGACUCCUACGCGUGUAAAAUAGGCCUUUUUUUUCUUUGCUAAAUUGUUAAACUAAUAGGAUUAAAUCCCACACAAGUCCACUAUGCC